UACCUUUCAAGGUGGCACUACAUUGGUGGCGCGUUACUGAUUUGGAGGAGUUACGCAUUUUCGUAAAAUUUGUUAUUUUAAGGAGGACUUUACCGAAUUUCUGUUAAGAGACGUUGUGAGCUGAUAUAUCUUUUCAGAAAUCGUCAACAUGUCGAUUCCUGUGCCGGAGAAAUUGCAAGCUGAUUUGAGAGCCUACACCCAGAAGUGUAUGGAAGAUCCGUCGAUCUUAUAUCACCCUAAUCUCGCAGAGCUCAAGGAAUUGAUCGAACACUUUGGAGGAAAAAUACCCCCGAAGGAAUCGGAAGAGUCCGAUCGAUCCAAGAGCGAAAGUGCACCUACAACCUCGGACACCGGUAUGGAACAAGAGACAGAAGUACAACCUGAGUCCGAAAGCGAAGAAAGCGACAUCGAGCUGGAUAUGACUGGUGUUAUCGAACCUGAUACCGACGCCCCUCAGAAAAUGGGUAAUCCUACUGUGCAACCAACGGAGGAAGAAAUAGCUGAAUCCCAGGAGAAACGCUCUCAGGCUGUGUCCGCAUUCGUUGAGAAAGAUUACGAAAAGGCUCUUGAAUUGUACACGGAAGCAAUUGUUUUAAAUCCUCAUGCUGCUCUAUUGUACGCAAAACGUGGCCAGGUUUUCCUAUUACUAAACAAACCGAAUGCUUGCAUCCGUGACUGCGACCGUGCAUUGGAAUUAAAUCCGGACAGUGCUGCCGCACACAAGUUCAGAGGUCGAGCUAACCAACUACUUGGAAAUUGGGAGGAAGCUGCGAACGAUUUGAGACUCGCUUGUAAGUUCGACUUCGACGAACAGGCAGACGAAUGGCUACGCGAAGUCACUCCAAACGCGAAGUUGAUCGAGGAGCACAAGAGGAAGAAGGAGCGCCGGGCUGCGGAGAAGUUGCUGAAGGAGCGACAGGAGAAGCUGAAGAAGGCGCGAGCCGAGGCCAAGGCUCGCGAGGACAACACACGCCCCUCGCAAACGGAAGGACCAGGCGGGGUUUCCGGAGCCUUCAACCAGUUCCUGAACGACGCCGACGUCCUGCGAGCAUUCCUGGACCCCGAGGUGGCGGAGGCCUUCAACGACAUCUCGCAGAACCCGCCCAACAUCUACAAGUACCAGCACAACCCGAAGAUCGGGGCGGUGAUCGACAUGAUGGCCACGAAGUUCGCAGCAGCCGGGGCGGACGGCUCCAGGUGCCCCGGGUUCCCCACGUUCCCCGGCUUCCCGAACGUGCCUCCUUCCGCAAGUGCCACUACUCAGGGUGAGGCAGAUCCCCCGAAACCUUCGGGACCGGGCGACGACCUCGGGCUGGACUAAAAAGAGAGGUAUCGGAGAGUAUCGUGGACCAGGACUGGUUCGCUCGAGGGUCGCCGAAGUCACCUUCGCGUAGGAGUCGGAGGUCCACCUGCACGUUGCUCGCGUUAAGAUUACCGCCGUUUCUGCUUUAAUUUCUACGUAUCGUUAGAGUUUCGCAUCCCUUCCUCCGGGUCCCGUCCGAGACCUCGUCUUCGAGGAAGGACCGGGCCCGACGCCGUACUCUUAAGUCACUUAAAGGACCAGUGGUUUCUCCUUGUUCCUCGUUUCUCAUUUUUUUAUCUGCGAGAGGUUUAAACCGAGCCUUGCCCGUUGGCGGAGAGUGGACGGGUCGAUCGACAUCCCACUGCCGACAUUCAUCCGAUAAUUCCUCGACCUAGAGGAAUACGCUCUUCAGGGAAGCGGAAUCGACUAGGUCCUACAGAUCGUCCUCUGUGCCGCGAAAAAGUACUCGUCUUGCAUAGACGUAGACAGUCCAUUGCAAAUUGCGGGUACAUUUACCCGAGUUUAUACAGAUUCACGGUCGAAUACCUGUACAAGUAUACAUGCGUGAAGUACAUACAGGUUCCCGAGCGCAAUUGGCUAAGAACUUGCAUCCCAGAAGCUUUGAGAGCGACUUCCGCUCGGCUCAAUUCGUAAAUUCGAGACGAGCGGUGGACGUUUUCCUUCACUAUAGGCGUUAGUUCAGGAGGAAGAGUCCCUGGAUGUACACUUUAUAUUAAAGAGUCCAAUAAACGUACGACUAGUGUUCUAA